UUUCCGUGAGGUGCGCUGUGGUUCUGCCUAAAAUGUAAGUGACCUAAUAUUAUUAUAAUUGCUUAUUGAACUGUUAAUUGUUCUAUUGAACGGUAGUAAUGGUGAAAACGUUGUUUGAUGUUGCAUAACUAACUUUAUUUUAAAUAUAAAAACUUCAUUUAGAUUUUUUACCUCAGCAUGCUUAACUUAACGUUGCUUGUCUGGCGUUAAUGAAGCGUCAAUGUCGACCCUCGGAGUCUCUUUGCGAGAAUCAAACCCUGGACGGCCCCGGCCCAAUUUAAACCCGGGUUGUUUACGAGAAUACAAGAGGCCUUCUGUUUUCUUCUGUUUCUUUAUGGCUUUAAGUUUAAGGUGUCAUAAAAUUGAUAAAACUGCUAUAUUUACAACCCGCGAUGUACACGAUACAAUAAAUAGUCGUUAGCAUUGAACAUCAUUGAAUAUGAAUGUUAUCGUUUGAAAGGACCAGAUGACGUAUAUAUUUUUUUCUUUUUUGUAUUCCAUUCUGCGCGGGAAUUUAUGACGUCACAAUUCGCCCAUGAAGGUAUAUAAAGGCGCAAAAAUCACUUGCUCAUUUUGUGCUUUGAAGUCUUGGAAGUAACAUAUUUGGUAGCGACUGUUAGCGACUGACAAACGGUGUUAUCAUGGGACUGCUUUCAAAACUCAAAGAAGCGACUGGUUCGGAGUGUGUACAAGAACCCUGUGUACACCCCAGAGACUCCCCCAUCAUGACGGAGAACCAUCAACCGGCGCCGGUUGGUUCUCUUGAGAGCGAUGGAGGGAGAUCGAUGAAGAGCUUCUGGAAGUGGGCCGUUCUUCACUUUCCUUCCAGCCGAAGGGGAACAUAUGACCUGGCCAAAGCCGAGGAGAAAUACGGGACAGAGGCGGAAAUUCAGUGGAGAGAUAACGAUGAUCCAGCUCCUGAAGACCUCCUUGCAUCUGAGAAACAGCAGAAACACAGCGUCCUGGACAAGAACCAGAGUGAACUCUGUGUACAUCCCAAAGACGGCCCCAUCACAUCAGAGAGCCAUCAUCCUCAUCUGUCUGAGAUUGAUGGAGGAAGAGAGAAGGAAGGGAGUGAGGAGAAGAAGAAGAAGAAGAAGAGCUUCUGGAAGUGGCCUGCUCUUCACUUUCCUUGCAUUGGAGCUGGAACAUAUGAUCUGGCCGAAGUGGAAGAGACACAAUGGACAGAGGCGGGAACGCACUGGAGAGAUAUCGAUGACCAGAGUGUACACGAACACUGCGUACAACCCAAAGACUCCCCCACCAGGUCUGAAGAGACGCCUGUUACUCCUGUUGAGAACGAUGGAGGGAGAACGGAGGCAGGGACAGAGGAAGUCCUCCUCACUACUGAGCAACAGAUCGUGCAGGACAUCCUGGACAAGGGCCACGUUCACAAGCAAUAUGAAAUCGGACGCAUGCUUGGUGAAGGAGGAUGUGGCAGUGUUUAUGAAGGGACUCGCUGCGAGGAUGGACUUAAGGUGGGUGUGAAAUGUUCAGAGAAGACGCCAGACAUGUCAUAUAUCAGUGUGCCUGGUCAUCCCAAUCGUCUGCCAAUGGAGAUUGGCCUGAUGCUCAUGGCCAACAAUGGCCCCAGCGUUUCCCAGAUCAUUAAGCUGCUCGACUGGGAGGAUGACACAGAUCACUACGUGAUAGUCAUGGAGCGACCAGUGCCUUGCGUGGAUUUGUUUACUUUCGUGGAUGAUGAAGAAAAGCUUGACGAGGGGAUUGCAAGAAAUAUUAUGCGGCAGAUCAUUGAUGCUGCUCAAACUUGCUGUGAUCGUGGCGUCUUCCAUCGUGAUAUAAAACUGGAGAACAUCUUGGUGAACCAGGACACCAUGGAGGUCAAAUUAAUUGACUUCGGGUGCGGGACAGUCAUGAAGAAAUCUACCUUCGAAUCCUUUAGUGGCACGAAAGAGUACUGUCCACCUGAGUUCAACUUGAAGGGCAGGUACCAAGCAAAGCCAACCACAGUGUGGACACUAGGGUUCAUCUUGUUUGAAAUGGUGUGCGGGGAAUGCCCUACAUCCUACGACCAUCACAAGAUCAGUGUGAACCUCUGGACCAGACCUGGCUUGUCAAAAGAAUGCCGCCAGAUGAUUUGUGAUUGUCUGCAGCCUGAUCCAGAGAAGAGACUCAGUCUGGACGAGAUGCAUCUCCACGACUGGUUUAAGGUCACAGAGUAAAACACAACCUCAGAAAACAACUCCUGUCAAGGCCACCCUGUUGUUUUCUGUCUUCAGUCAGCUUUGUGUCUGGUGGACUGACACGAGAGACCUUUCCAUCAGUCCACUCUGGCCUUAGCGUAUUGCAGGCCCUUGUCUUGAAUUAAAGCAGUCUGACUGUAUUGCUUGCUUGGGGAUCUGCAAAUAAUAAUUAAUUGUUUAUUUGGAUUUGUUUAUUUAUUAUAAGGAAGUUGAUAAGAACAUUUCUAAGGAAUUUUGUAAGAAAAUGUGAAAAGAAUUUAUUUUGUAAGAAAAUUUGUUUGGAAUUUUGUAAGAAAAUGU